CGCCUUUUCAUUGGCUGCAAUAUAAACAGUCCAUCAGAGUGCUUUAAACGUUUCAGUAUUACAGCUUAGAUAUUAUUGCCGAGAACUAAGUAUGGAUUUCAAAGGGGUGCUUGUGAAAAUCUUCACCCGAAAUCGGGAAGUAGUAUUAUGCGCUGCAGGCACAGCAGUUGCUCUGCUUGGACUCGGUCUUGUAUAUAAAUAUAACGUUAGGCGUCCAGAGAAGAAGUUCACUCGAGUGGGAGUUGUUACUCAACUGCUGCUUCAUCCUAUGAAGUCCGGGAAAGCAGUGUUGGUGGAGACAGCAGAAUGUCUGCGAAUGGGGCUGAAAUAUGGCGAACUGCGGGAUCGGCACUGGCUGGUCAUCACGGAGGACGGACACAUGGUGACGGGCAGACAGCAGCCUCGUCUGGUGCUGGUGUCUUUGAGCUGUGAAGGCGGCCAGCUGUGUCUCAAUGGACCGCAGAUGGAGGAGUUGAGGGUUCCUCUUCAGCAGUCCAAUAAUGCAGUUGUGGACUGCAGAGUCUUUAGUAUAGACGUUCAGGGCAGGGACUGUGGGGAUGAUGUGUCUAACUGGCUUACACGAUACCUGGAAUCUGACAAGACUGUUCGUCUGGUGCAUUAUGAACCUCAUCUGAAGGCCCAAAGGCCCUCUGAGAAAGAGCCCCUCUUUCCUAAGGAUGAAAAGGUGGCCUAUCCUGAUGCUGCUCCCAUCAUGCUAAUGUCAGAGGCCUCUGUUAGGGACCUGAAUACCCGGUUGAAUAAAGAUGUUUCUGUCUUUCAAUUUCGUCCCAGUAUUGUUGUCAAUGACUGUGAGGCCUUCACGGAGGACACAUGGGAUCAUAUUGAGAUUGGCCAAGUGGAGUUGAAGAGAGUCGUUGGCUGUGGAAGAUGCCUUUUUACCACUGUUGACCCUGAGACUGGAAUCAUCACUAGUUAA